AUGUCGGUUUCUGGUGGCGCUGUCAUCGUCGGCCGUCGUAACACCCGCCAUCACGUCGAGAAUCGUUUUUACUGCCCGCCCGCCCUGCGAAAACAGAGACAACAGCAGGAGCAGGAGCAGGAGCAGGAAUUGACGUUGAUGGAGAAUAACAGACCUUGUUCCUCUUCUGAUAACUCCGUUUCUUCUUCACAUGAGACAAUAUGCGAAGCUUCCAAUUUGUGUAAAUUCAUACAACAUACCACUCCUUUUGUUCCCGCUCAAUACCGGCCCAUGAGAAGUAAGAGGAGAUUGAAAACAAUGGAGACAGAAUUGCAACCGUACUUUGUGCUUGGGGACUUGUGGGAAUCUUUUAAGGAGUGGAGUGCAUAUGGGGCUGGUGUUCCAUUGGUGUUGUCUGGUAACGAAUCUGUUACACAGUAUUACAAUGUCUCCUUGUCUGCUAUUCAGCUGUAUAUUGAUCCAUCGAAUCCUUCCGUGCGGCUAAGCUUUUCUAUUUUUGCCUUCGAUAAGUUGUUGGUUGUGUUGUGUAAAUGUGGUUCCAAAUUGGGUGUUGGUGCUAUUUUAUGGGUGAUUUUGACAGUUGCACGUCCAAACAACAAGACUGGAGACACCUCCUUGUCAAUCGUCUCUGAGCUUUCCGAUCUCCGCCGCUCUCAAUCCGUGUCACUCGCGGUAAGUCAUCCACCACCGUUCUCCGUUCUUUUCUCUUCUCUAUAG